AUGUUAAUCGAUAAUUUUUCAGAACCUGAUCGAAUGGCUCUUAAAGGAGAGCGAGGUGAACCGGGUCCACCGGGAGUGUGCCUACAACAAUGCCGCGAUGGUAUGCCCGGACCAAGUGGCCCUAUUGGACCACAAGGACCUCAAGGAGUUGAAGGGCCUCCUGGACCACCUGGCCCUCCUGGAGAACCUGGAUAUGUCCAGCAAGCGACAUAUGACGGUCCCAUCCAAGCAAUGCCUGGACCACCUGGUGUUGCUGGUCCUCCUGGACCUCCAGGUCCGCAAGGAAUUCAAGGUCCACGAGGCGAGACGGGCUAUCCCGGUCGUGAUGGCCGCGAUUUCCAAGGUCUAUCCGAUCGCGACAUUGAGCUGAUUGUGAGACAUCCAUUACUGAAGGGAGAGAAAGGCGAAUGUGUUCAAUCUACGACGACCGUCUUCCAACCAGCGGCCGACGAUGUGCGAACGUAUUACGAACGGGAAAGGGAACGCGUUGGUUUGAAAGGCGAAAAGGUAGAUACAGCUUCGAUAGGGGACGGAACAUUCACCCAGAACUGA